AUGCACAGACAACGAGAGGGGCAAUUAAGCAGAAUGUUAUUGCUUUCUGGACACGAACCAAGCACAAUAGUUCUUGUGAUAAUGUAUAUUAUAUCCUUCUUGGUUGGACUAACGGGUAACAUUAUGGCACUACUAGUACUGACAAGGAGAAGGAAUCGUCUCUCCGCCGUCUCAGCGACCAGGAGACUUUUGGUGAACUUGGCGGUUUGUGACAUGAUGGUUGUGUGCGUCUGCAUGCCAGUGAACCUGGGGCAUCAGCUGUAUAACGCGUGGGUAUUUGGAGACUUAUUGUGCCGUGCCGUCCCAUUUGUACAAGCGGUGUCCGUGGCAGCAAGCGUUUUGAGUCUCGCUGUCAUAAGUCUGAACCGCUACUAUAGCGUUCACAACCCUCUCCACGCCAGGUCUUUCUUCACUGGUCGAAAAAUUAUUUGCAUGAUAUGUGUGGUGUGGACAUUAUCGUCGGGCUUGUGCCUGCCGUUGAUCUUUAUGAAUGCAACAAGGACGCUUGAUUUGCUAGACGGCGCUCACAGUAUAACUGUAUGUGUCGAGAGCUGGCCAAAGGUCAAACUGCGCCAGGGGUACAACUUCUUACUGUUCUGUGCGUUAUAUGGAUUCCCGGUCUUGUUUAACCUCGCCAUUUGUUUUAUGACCGCGUGGAAGUUAUGGAGCUCCGAGGAUAAAUUUAAACAACCCAAUAACAUCAUUACACAAUCCACGUAUCGGUCCAAAACGCGCAAGAAAAUUGCAAAAAUGGUCAUUGCCUUAGUGUUGCUCUUCACUAUCUCGUGGCUACCUCUUUAUGUUGUGGACAUCUGGCUAGAUUUCAAUAUACCGACGACCACUGAGCAUGACCCCGUAGAACAGGUUCGGCACGAAUGGAUACUGCAAGGCAGACCCUUUGCGCAGUGGCUUGGGCUCACGAACUCAGCCCUGAAUCCACUUUGCUACUGCUUCGUGGGAAACCUGUACAGGUCGGCUAAAAGGUUCCGAAAGAGCUACAACGAGAAAUUGUCUUCGAUCUUCAGCAUGCAGCAGUCGUCUGUAAGCAGAUCUAACUCCGAAUACCCCUCUUUUCGCCGCGCGUCAUCCCGAAGAGGCGCACCAGAAGGACAUGGCUGGACUAGCUGUGUCAGCCUCAAGGAAAAGCUAACCAAAAGCAAAAGCAUGUCAUCAAUUACAGUCUUAGAGACCACAUUUGACUGA